GAUCGAUCCAACAACCUUCAUGCCCUUCGCUGUUGAUAUUGUAUUAAAAAUCGUUAGUAUUAGUUGGAAAUACUGAUAUACUUGAUAAAUGUAGAUUUUUAUAGGAAAUUUGAAUAGCUGUUCGAAAGGGAGAAAAUCAUUUAUAUAAAGAAUAGAAGUUACGUAAAUGAUAAAUAGAAUAAUAUAAAUAUAAAUACAAAAGAUAUCUAGAGAAAAGAUACUUAUAUCAAACUGUCACAAUUAUAAUAUUUAAUUAUUCAUAAAUUUAUUAAAUAUUCAUACAAAUAUUGUUAUAUUAUUGUUCAAUACAUUUCGAAUAAAAACAAAAACUUUAAAUGAAUAAAUUAUUGGAUACAUAUAAUACGAAAAAGGAAGUUUUGGACAUGCAGUACUCCAGUACUCAUCAGAAAUUCGUGCGUUAGUUCGCUUUGAGCUAACAAGCAAAUAAAUUUAAGCUCGGAAAUCAGAUAGAUAAAAUUACUGGAUACGAUUAUUGAAAUUCGAAGAUGAAUUUUUUGGGAACAUUUUUGAUAAUACACUUUAUGUAUUGCCAUGCAUUGCCAGAUAUAAUAAGAAUUGUGUGUCAUUUACUGAAAACGGGAAUAGCUGCAAUUUUUGGACCCCAAAGUGCACAUACAGCAUCACAUGUACAAAGCAUUUGUGAUACCAUGGAAAUACCGCAUUUGGAAACAAGAUGGGAUUUUCGACUUAAAAGGGAAGGAUGUCUAGUUAAUUUAUAUCCCCAUCCUACAACGCUUUCAAAAGCAUACGUUGAUUUAGUUAAGGCCAUGGGUUGGAAGAGUUUUACUAUUAUAUAUGAGAACAAUGAAGGUCUUGUUCGUUUACAAGAGUUGCUUAAAGCUCAUGGACCAACAGAACAUCCAAUAACAAUCAAACAACUGGGAGAAGAUUCUAAAGCAAAACAUGGAUAUCGCCCAUUAUUAAAGCAAAUAAAAAAUUCUGCUGAAUCCCAUAUAGUUUUGGAUUGCUCAAUAGAUAAAAUAUAUACUGUACUAAAACAAGCACAAGAAAUUGGAAUGAUGACUGAUUACCAUAGUUACUUCAUCACAUCAUUAGACUUACACGCAGUGGAUCUUAGUGAAUUCAAGCACGGAGGAACAAAUAUUACAGCAUUCAGAAUAGUAAACCCAGAAAAAACGCAGAAUGUAGUACAGGACUGGAUCUUUGGAGAGCAACGAUAUCUUAGAAAGCUCAAUAUGGAUCAAACUGAGAUUUUAGGUGGUGAGGUCCUCUUAAAGGAAAAAUUAAGUAUUCUAGUCGACAAAAAUCCCUGAAAAACAAUGAAAGAAUCAUACGACAACAGUAAUCCUAAGAUAUAAUAAGAGUAUUUAUUCAUCAACAAAUUUUGCACCAUUUACUUCUCUGUAAGGACCAUAUGAAGAGCUAAACAAGCAUGUCAUCGAACCCGAAGCAGAUACGAUUGAGGAAUGUAACAAAAUACAAAAAUUACCUCAUGAUUCGGAUAAGCAAUUGGGAAGGGAAUGGUGACCGCAAUGAGGAUGGCAGUAACCUUGAUUCGACGAUACUCAGAAAGGGCAAUGAAAUCAAUCCGGAUGCGACAUAUUUCGAUUAUCAACAAGAAAUUGGAGGAAUCAUAGAAAAUUAUUAUUAUAUACAUUUUGAUAUAAACACAACGUCGCUUAAGUAAACAUACGGCAGAAUUCUGACUUACUACACUGUACUGAGGAACUCAAAAACUCAAGCUUAUGAAUGGAAGCCAAAUUAUUAUGCAAGGAAAUUUAUCAAGAUUUGCAGGAAAUAGCAUUAUUCGGCGGGAAAAGGAAGAGAGGAUUACUAAAUAGAGUGGGAAAAAUUAUCAAAUAUAUAUUCGGAAAUCAAGAUUCUGACAAUUUGGAAAAAAUUAACAAUUAUCUAGAAAAUUUUGAAAAACAGCAGAAUAAGGAUAUCACAGGUUUUAAACAAAACAAUAAGUUGUAUGAAACAAAUUAGUCGAAUGAUAAAUAGUAAUACCGAAAUAAUCAACAAAAAUUUACGAAAUAUUAUGACAACUCUCAACGACCAAAAUACGCGAUUUGAAUUAUUUGAAACUGUUAUAACUUUUAUUGUGCAAGAACAACAUUUUUUUAAUUUAUUAGCAAAAAUAACAAGGUCAUUUGUUUUUACCGAUGAAAGAUUUAAUUCAGAAAUACUAACUCAUGAAUAAAUAUCAAGUAUUAAAGCUCAUUUGUUGGAACAUUAUUCUCAAAAGGAAUUAAUACCACAUUAUCAUAAUCUUCGGUUUGCUCAGGGAUCAGUCGUAAUUAUCCAUGAUUCCAUAAACUAUACAAUCAAAAUUCCUUAAUUCCAUUGAAUUUUUCCUAUUUAAAAGACUUGCUGUAAUGAACCAGAAUAAUCAGACGGAAAUCAUAACCAUACCAUGGAAGCUGAAUGGGUCGAUAAAAAAAUUAUUUUCAGGAAAAUGUCAGUUGAUAUAUCAGAACAACUAUAUAUGUCAUCAAAUUCUCGCUGAAGAUUUAAAAACAAUUGUAAUUUCAACGAAUACACCUCUAGAAUUGGCAUAUCCACUCUCAAAUAAUUUAAAAUUAAUAUCCAGCAAUUAUCAAAUAAGAACUGAAAGCUAUAAGGACAAAGUCACAUUUUACGGAACAAAAAUUUUCGAAGGUAGCAAUCUGUUACUACAAGGGCACAGGAUGGACAACGAUCUUGGAAAAUUCAAGACAUUACAAGUUCAACCUUUGAUCAUUAAAAUUCAUUAAUGGAGGUUGGAGCUAUUAAAAACACACGUCUUACCUACAAUGAAGACACCGAUAUUCACGAAAUUUGGAAUAGAAUUCCACACGUUAAUAACAUCAUUUGUAAUCGUCAUGCUAAUUCUAAUAAUUAGAACAAUUUUCAUCAUAUACAAAUAUAAAUGCAACGACAAGAGACUACAACAUACCGAAAUAAGGACUAAUGAGACCGACAUUCAUCUUGGGCAUGGUAGAUUGUUGGCACGUACAGCGGAUCAUGCAUGAAGAACAAUAGAAGGAGAAAUAAAACAAGAAAAUUACUGACCGUUUUAAAAAGGCUCCUGCACCGGCAACGAGCCAGUCUCUAUUCGGUCUACAAGCUGUUAAGACGUAUCAAAAAACGUAAUUGAAAUCCAUACCCAAUUUCAUUACUUACCUGCGAACUCACGUACGCACGGCAAUACGUACAUUUAACUCGCUCGAGUAUCGGCUCCUAAAUAAUAUGACGGUCAGCGGUUUUCUGCCUGCAGCGAACACAAGUGAAAAAAGCACCGUUUUUUAAUACCAGGGGUGUUACACGCACGGUUGUCCAGCAUGUUUUUCAAAUAAUCGUAAUAAGAAC